UGAUGCACAGACAUCAGGGGCCAGCCCCUUUACACCCACAACAGAUGUUCAAGAGCUUGUUAGACAUGGUUUAUAUUCCUGAGGAAGCAAAAUAGUCCUAUCAUUAAUAAACUGGAGUGUAAUAGAAAAUGAUGAUGUUGAUCCUGACCAACGAGAUGCUCUGUCUGAUCCACCAGGGGAACACUUAGGCGUCUCCUGACCAAGGCUACUCGAGAGAAGGGGAAGGAGACGGGACCCAGAAGAACCUGGAAUUGGCAAGAGAGCAAGGAAAGCUGCCCUUCCCACGUGGGCUGGGAGUGGUGUUGAAUUCUGGGGAAGAGCUAUGCCAGAGAUCCUGGAUCAAGACACCAUGAACUCAGAUGUACAUAGGCAACAAUUCCGGCAGUUCCAUUACAAUGACGCUGCUGGGCCUCGAGUGGUUUGCAGCCAGCUCCAUGGACUUUGCAUCCACUGGCUGAAGCCAGAGAAACACUCUAAGAAGCAGAUCCUAGACCUGGUGAUCCUGGAGCAGUUUGUGACCCUCCUACCCCAGGAAAUGCAGCACUGGGUGAGAGGAUGUGGGCCAGAGACCAGUUCCCAGGCAGUGGCCCUGGCUGAAGGUUUCCUCCUGAGUCAGGCCGAGGAGAGGAGGCAGGCAGAACAGAUGCGGGGACCCUCCAUGAAGAUGGCAGCUAAGUUUUCUGAGGCAGAAAGAGCUCCUUCAGAGGAGUGUCAGAGGGCGCAGGACCAAGAGCAUGGCCAAGAUGUCUUCUCGUGUGGCAACGGGGAGAUGUUGUUAAGCUGUCAUCCUUGCGGAGGUGUGGAAAUGACUGCUGCAUCCUCAGUCCAGAGUCUGUUUACUUUUGAGGAGGUGGCUGUGUAUUUUACUGAAACAGAGUGGACCCUGCUGGAUCCAGACCAAAGAGCUCUUUACAGGGAAGUCAUGCUGGAAACCUAUAGGAGCGUGGUUUGUCCAUGCGAAAUGUGCCAGGAGACGGAUAGGGAAUUGGCAACCCAACAGAAGGGAAAGGAAACUGAAGAGGAGGACCAAGAAGGAUCUGAAAUUGGCAAGAGAUCUAGCAACAGUCCCUGUCCCGUCCAAGUAAGGAGUGAUGCUGAAUUUUGGGAAGCAGCUGCACAAGAGAUCGUGGCUCAGGAUGCCGUAACUGCAGAUGUACAUAGACAAAGUUUCUGGCAGCUCUGUUACCAUGAGGCCAAGGGGCCCCGAGAGCUUUGCAGCCAGCUCCAUCGACUCUGCAACCUCUGGCUGAAGCCGGAGAGGCACUCCAAGAAGCAGAUCCUGGACCUGGUGAUCCUGGAGCAGCUUCUGACCAUCCUGCCCCAGGAAAUGCAGCGCUGGGUCAGGGGAUAUGGUCCGCAGACCAGUUGCCAGGCAGUGGCCCUGGCUGAAGGUUUCCUCCUGAGUCAGGCAGAGGAGAAGAGGCAGGCAGAACAGACAUGGGGACCAUCCAUGAAGAUGGAAGCUAAGUUUUCUGAGAUGGAAGGCGCUCCUUCAGAGGAGUGGGAGACAGCACAGGCCCAGGAACAUGCCCAAGAUGCCCUCUCAUGUGAUAGUGAGGAGAGAUGUUUGAGCCAAUCAUUUGGAAGAGGUGUGGAAACAACAGUUGCGCCUCCAGUCCAGAGUCCCUUUUCCUUUGAGGAGGUGGCCGUGUAUUUCACUGAGGCAGAGUGGGCAUUGCUGGAUCCCAGCCAAAGAGCUCUCUUCAGAGAGGUCAUGCUGGAGAACUAUGGGAACGUGGUCUUUCUGGCAGAAGAUGUUGAGGAGACAGAUGGGGAAUUCGAGGGGUUCUCAUUGGAAAGAGACAUGAACGAAGAAUCUCGAUAUUACUUCAGGAAUCAAGGCAAAUUAGAGAAACAGGAGGGAAGCUGUGGAAAAAAGAUGAACAAAAAACCUAUUCUAUUCCAUGGAGGGAAGUUCCAUGAUGUAACUGACCUGGCCAAGAAAACAUACAGAUACUUGGACUGGGCACUGAAUUUGUCAGAUCAAACACAGUAUGAUAGCGAUUUGCAAAAGCCUCCUGGAAAGAAGGCCCAUAAUUGCUUUCACUGUGGAAAGAGUUUCCAUUGUGGAGCAGAGGUCAUUAAUCACCAAAGAAUCCAUAUAGGAGAGCAAUGGUAUGACUGCUCAGACUGUGGCAAGCAGUUCUUAGAGAAUUCAAAUCUCAUUCAACACAAAAAUAGUGACCAUUCAGGAGGGAAGACAUUUCCCUGCUUCGUGAAUGGAAAUAAUUUCUUUGAUGGUGACCCACAUAAAUGUGGAAAGAGAUUCAAUAGCACUGUUGAUCUUCAACAGCAUCUAAGAAUUCUUAAAGAGGAAACACCUUUUAAAUGCUCUCAGUGUGGAAAGAAAUUCAGUCAAAGUGGUGAUCUUCAACUGCAUCUAGAAACCCACACAGGAGAGAAAUGUUUUGAGUGUUCAGAGUGUGGAAAGAGUUUCAGUCAGAGUGGAUGUCUUCAUCUGCAUCAAAGAACCCACACAGGAGAGAAACCUUUUGAGUGUUCAGACUGUGGAAAAGGAUUCAAUUAUAGUGGCGAUCUUCAACGACAUCACAGAACUCACACAGGGGAGAGACCAUUCGAGUGCUUAGACUGUGGAAAGAAAUUCAGUCGGAUGUGCAAUCUACAACUGCAUCGAAGAACCCACACAGGGGAGAGACCUUUUGAGUGCUCUGAGUGUGGAAAGAGAUUCAGAGCGAGCAGCAAUCUUCAAGUGCAUCAAAGAACCCACACUGGGGAGAAACCUUUUCAGUGCUCAGAGUGUGGAAAGAGAUUCAGUUACCGUAGCGUUCUUCAGUUGCAUCAAAGAACCCACACAGGAGAGAAACUUUUUGAUUGCUCUGUGUGUGGAAAGAGAUUCAGUCGCAGUGAUAGUCUCCAAUGCCAUCUACGAACCCACACAGGAGAGAAACCAUUUGAAUGCUCAGAUUGUGGAAAGAGAUUCAGUCAAGGUGGCUGUCUUCAACAGCAUCUACGAACCCAUACAGGGGAGAAACCUUUUGAUUGCUCAGAGUGUGGAAAGAGAUUCAGUCACAGAGAUAGUCUGCAAUACCAUCUACAGACCCACACAGGAGAGAAACCUUUUGAGUGCACAGACUGUGGGAAAAGAUUCAGUCGGAGCAGCGAUCUUCAAAUGCACAAAAGAACCCACACUGGGGAAAAAUAUUUUGAGUGUUCACAGUGUGGAAAGAGAUUUAGUCAGAGAGGCAACCUUCAAGUGCAUCAAAGAACCCAUACUAGGGAGAAACCUUUUGAGUGCUCAGAGUGUGGAAAGAGAUUCAGUCGCAGUGAUAGUCUUCAGCAUCAUCUACGAACCCACACAGGAGAGAAACCUUUUGAGUGCUCAGAAUGUGGAAAGAGAUUCAGUCGGAGUGGCCAUCUUCAACAGCAUCUACGAACCCAUACAGGGGAGAAACCUUUUGAUUGCUCACAGUGUGGAAAGAGAUUCAGUCGCAGUGGUAGUCUGCAAUGCCAUCUACGAACCCACACAGGUGAGAAGCCUUUUGAAUGCUCAGAAUGUGGAAAGAGAUUCAGUCGGAGUGGCCAUCUUCAACAGCAUCAACAAACCCAUACAGGGGAAAAACCUUUUGAGUGUUCAGAGUCUAGAAAGAGAUUGAGUCAGAGAAGCAAUCUUCAAAUGCAUCAAGGAACCCAAACAGGGGAAAAAUAUUUUGAGUGCUCAGAGUGUGGAAAAAGAUUUGGUCAGAGCAGCAAUCUUCAAGUGCAUCAAAGAACCCACACUGGAGAGAAGCCUUUUCAGUGCUCAGAGUGUGGAAAGAGAUUCAUUCAGAGUGGCAGUCUGCAAUACCAUCUUCGAACCCACACAGGAGAGAAACCUUUUGAGUGCUCAGUCUGUGGAAAGAAGUUCAGUCACAGUAGCAUUCUUCAACUGCAUCAAAGAACUCACACAGGAGAGAAGCCUUUUGAGUGCUCAGAGUGUGGAAAGAGGUUCCAUUACAGCGGUAGUCUUCGGCAGCAUCUACGAACCCACACAGAGGACAAACUGUUUGAGUGCUCAGAGUGUGGAAAGAGAUUCCGUUACAGUGGUAGUCUUCGACAGCAUCUACGAACCCACACAGGGGACAAACCUUUUGAGUGCUCUGAGUGUGGGAAGAGAUUUAGUCAGAGUGGCAAUCUUCAAGUGCAUCAAAGAACCCAUACUGGGGAGAAACCUUUUGAGUGCCCAAAGUGUCGAAAGAGAUUCAGUCAAAGCGGCAGUCUUCAACUGCAUCAAAGAACUCACAGAAAGUGAGAAACCUUUGAGCACUUUGAGAAACCUUUUGAGUUUGGAAAGAGAUUCUGUCACAGUGGCAUUCAAGUGCAUUAAAGAACCAACAGAGGGGAGAAACCUUUUGAGUGCUCCUGUGAAAAUAGAUUGAGGCAGAGGGGCAACCUUCAAGAGCAUCUGAGAACCCACACAGGGAACUAUCUUGUGAUUACUUUGAUCCCAGGCUUGUCACUCCCAACCUUCCCAGAUCCAAUGUACUUAUUCAUCAAAGUGCUGCCAGUAGAAUUGGAAAAUCCUAGAAUCAUAGAGUUGGAUGAGCUCAGAAGGGCCAUGAAGUACAACCCCCUGCCAUGCAGGAACACACAAUCAAAGCACUCCCAACAUAUGUUAAUCCAGCCUCUGUUUAAAAACCUCCAAAGGAAGAGACUCCACCACUCUCCGAGGUAGUGAAUUCCACCAUUGAACAGCCCUGUCCUGCCAUUCAAGGCAGGACAAAUGGUGACUUUUUGCCCCUCUUCAUGAUUAAAGAAGCAUACCUCUCUGGGAGCAGCACCGCUCGUGUUUUGUGACUUGGAGCAGCAGACACCAUUGAAUGUGUUGGUAACACCUGUCUCAAAGAUGGAGGGAAGAUUGGGAGAGAGGCAGAGCAGCUUCCAACAUCUACAGCCAUGGAGGGAUGCCAGCUGAUGACAUCGGCAACCAGCCAUGAAUGGCGGGGAGCUGAUGGGGGUAGUGGUGUGCCCCUUCUCAUUCAGGAGUUUGAAAGACAGGAAAACUGAGGGUACCGUUGAGGUUGGCCAGAUGGGCUAGAUCUAGGAAUGAUAGGGAGGGAUGGGAAGAAAGCAAGUCAUCCAGAGGGCUCUGGAGAAUUGAUGGAGGCACUGGGGCCUGUCUUUUCUGAGGUUGGCUGACGUUGAGAGGAGGCAAGCAGAGAUGGACAAGGCCGCCAGACCUUUGGCAGAUGAAGAGGGCUCCCACAAGAGGAAACCUUUUGAAUGCUCAGAGUAUGGAACAAGAUUUAUUCAGAAAUCCAACCUUCAACAACAUGAAAGAAUACAAAAGACAGGAAAUUAUUUCACAUCUUAUUGAUAACCAGAGACUACACACGGAUAUUGAGUGGAUAUCAGAUGUGUUUUAGACACACUUCUGGUUAAGAAUCAUUUAUCAAGGUGAUGAUCAGAUGUUUAAGUUAGAUAUGUUUUGCAUAGAUAGGAUCACAGUGCUGUUUUUCAUGUAUAAAACAUAUUGAUGUGAUUAAUAAAUCAGAGUUCUGUGGAUGAAA